ACCUAAUAUUAAUAUUCUAUUCUCAUAUUCCGUCCUCAUCCUCCUCUGAAUCAAACAACAAUAUACGUUUCUUCUGGGGUUUGUCCCCUUGGAAAAUUCCAAACCCUAGUUUCUCUCUAUUCUCUUUCUAUCACCAGAUUCGAUCAGCUUCUCUUUCCGAUCUUCGUCUCUCUCUCUGUGUGUGUUUGCUUAAGUUUCGUUCCAUGAAGAAGGUUCUUCAUCGAGGCUUUAAGCCUGCUAAAUGCAAAACAGCUUUGCAAAUGGCGAAUUCACGCCUGAAGAUCCUCAAGAACAAAAAGGAGAUUCAGAUUAAACAGCUGAGGCGAGAGUUGGCUCAAUUGCUCGAAGCUGGGAACACACCUACCGCUAGAAUUAGGGUGGAACAUGUGGUGAGGGAAGAGAAGACAGUGGCUGCCUAUGAGCUCAUUGGGAUCUACUGCGAACUCAUUGUUGUUCGUUUGGGUGUUAUCGAGUCUCAAAAAAACUGCCCCAUUGAUCUGAAAGAAGCGGUCGCGAGCGUCUUAUUCGCUUCCCAGAGGUUAUCAGAUGUUCCAGAGCUCUCAGAGAUCGUCAAGCAAUUCACUACCAAGUACGGGAAGGAUUUUGCUACCUCUGCUAUUGAGCUGCGUCCAGAUUCUGGUGUCAGUCGCCUGUUGGUGGAUAAAUUGUCUGUCAAAGCCCCUGAUGGUCCAACAAAGGUCAAGAUUUUGACGGAGAUAGCUGAGGAGCAUAAUGUCGUUUGGGAAGCAAAGUCUUUUGUUGAACCGGAUCCAAAAGACAAGUUGUUGAGUGGAGCAAGCUCGUUUCAGUCAGCGAGUAGUGUAAACGUUGUGGAUUCAUCUAGAAUCCCAAACAAGGAACAAUAUCCAAGCGUCCAAGCUCCAGCUCCAGCUCCAGCUCCAGCUCAUGUCAAUGUUCAACGUGAAACAAGCGAAAGGCAUCAUUCAUCAGAGAACUCUUAUUACGCAAGUGAUGGAAGAUCUUCAAGCCGUACCAACAAUGUUACUUCUGGGACGGCUGAGGACUAUCAUCAUCCACAUGCAACACCUUCUCGGUCUAGGCCUGAUGAAGGAGAAUGUAGAAAUCCAAAUCAUGGCGAAAGUAAGCAAAGGUGGGAAACAGAGUUUGUUGAUUCUACUGAUGCUGCACGUGCGGCUGCUGAAGCCGCUGAGAGAGCAAGUUUUGCUGCUAGAGCAGCUGCUGAACUUUCUAGCAAAGAAAGGAUGACGAGGCAGAAUUCAGCAGAGUCUCAUAUAUCCUCUGCAUCUGUAAAUUUCAGAAACGAGCCUUCACAUAGACGUGACAGAUCGAAUGUACAAAGCCAGAGUUUUUCUGGAGAUUAUUCAUCUCCAAGACACAAUGUUAGGAUGCAGAAUGAAGAUAUGGACAGAACCCAACAAGAUAGAUAUGAUAGGGGAAAGGAACCUGAGAUUUCUCAUGUAGUUCAGCCAUCAGAAAGACAUUACAUGGAUAACUCGAGAAAGAGCGGUUCCUUUGGUAAAACAGGUAGAGAGAAGCAGCCAAGCGAGGAUGAUCAGAUAGAUUUAAAUGUUGGUUACUUGGAAGAUAUUCAUCUCAGGAAGCAGUUAAGCAGAGCUUCAUCUCAUUCACAUUCUAGCAAUUAUUCUGAUGAGCAUGUCAUUGACUCUGAUUAUAUAAAGUCACCAAAAGCCGUGGAGGAAAACAUUUUUGCCACUGAAUAUGAUCACCAAUCUCAGAGCAGCUUUAAAGAUAAAGAUUUCGAUGAUCAUGGACAUGAUGAUGAUGCUGCUGGUACUUUUCAUGAUUAUAGCUCCUUUUUUGACAAACCUAAAUUCGAUGCUGAAGAAGAUGAAUAUGAUCAUGGGGUGGGAUUCUCAUUACUUGGCAGCAACGCACCUAAUCUUACCUCAACACCAGCUGCUUCAUGGAGCUUCAAAAGUGACCAUAGUAAGUCUCAUGGAAAUCAUAGCUCAAGCUCACAAGUCUUCCAAGAGAGACCAAGUUCUCCUUUAUUUGAUGAUGUCCCUACAAGUCCUCCGGCUUCUUACCAUGAGCCAGAUCGCCAUGCUAAGUUUGACAACUAUGAUCAGAAUUCAGAAAGUGAAGAUGAUCAGCCGAGACACAGAGGUAAAGUUGAUGAAACGGUGAAUCUGACAUCUCAUCGAUCUCAGAAGUUUGAAGUCUCUGAUCCUGGGGGACGUGAGUUUUUCCCUUUAGAGACAGAUGAGCGCAGAGAUGAGUCAAAAACACGGGAUGAAUCAGAUUCUGAGGCAGAUGCUCAGACUAGUCUGAGUUUUAAACCUUUGGUCGGUGGAUUCAGGAACAAAAAGACACUCCCACCAUAUAGAAUGAGCCUGGCAAGAAACGAAGCACCUUCCAAGUCUGGAAAGGAACAUAAAGGAACUGAUGAUGCUGGCAAGUCGGUGUCUACUCCUAGAAGUAGCAGAAAAGCAAGCAUCAGUGAGAAGAGACCAAGCUCUACGCCACCACAACCAUCUUCUAGUGAUGACGAUGACUCAGAGAUCCAACUUCGUUCAAGAAGAAGAGAAACAAAACCUCAAACCUCAUAUCUUCAUUCUCGUUUCAGCCAUGAUGACUCAGAGGAAGAACUUCCAGCACGAGCUUUUGCCAGAAGUCAAGAGAAGACUCAUACUCCAACAACGAGAGUGAGAGAUCAAAAUAGGUCAACCUUCAAGAUCCCAGCUUCAACCUCGUAUGAAGAUGAUGAAGAAGAAGUCGAAAGAGUCAGUGCCAAGCCAGCUAGAACAGCUGGGAUCUCUCUAAGGACAAAGGGGCAAGUGAAAGCUAAUGAGAAGCGUUCAUUUCCAGUUACACCAACGAUAACCAACCAAGAGUCUCGUGACCAGCCAUCUCCAAAAUCAACUUCAGGGCAAAAGACAGUCCCUGUUCCACAAACUGUAAAAUCACCAGAUCCAGAGACUCCUUCAAGGGCUAGUCAUGUUCAUCCCAACCUCCCAGAUUGUGAUGAUAUCUUUGCAAGGCUUGGAGCUCUUCGUACUCCUAAUCGCCGCUGAAUGUGCUCAUCCUCCGUCUGUUCAUACAUUUACUCUUUGUCACAAAGAUCACUCCAAACUCAUUCUUUACUCUUGACUGAAUUUGAUAUUCAUACACAUUAUACAUAUUGAAGCAGUGGUGUGAUAAUACAUGUUCUUUUCUUCUUUUUUGCCGUUUUGGUGUUUACUCUGACUGAAGUUGAUAUUCAUACACAUUAUACAGAUUGAAGCAUUUGGUGUUGUGACUA